AUGCACAAUACUGGGAAUCCGAUGGAGACAGCCAGCUACAUGCAUGUGGCUCAGAAGUCAGUCUUUCCUCAGCUUUCUCGACCUAGUCUGACCAAACUUUCCCAUCCGUCUUACAGAGUUGACCACCGCGUGUUUUCCCCCUUAGAUAGGAAUUUCCAAACUACCAUUUCCACUCCAGGUCCUUCUACAUCCUUAACAUCUCUUUUCCUACACCUUUUCAUUUCACUCUACAUUCAGCCCUCUGACCAUCAGUUCAUUGAUCAACAGCAGGUCCAUGCAGACAUCGGCGUGGAAGCUCUCUGUCACGCCCUGGAGGGCUAUAACGUCUGCAUCUUCGCUUAUGGGCAGACUGGCGCCGGUAAAUCUUUUACGAUGAUGGGCCGCGCUAAUGAACCCGGUAACGAAGGCAUCAUUCCACGCCUCUGCCGUGAUUUAUUUGACAGACUGCAGGCGGCCUCGAUAGCCAAAGAGGAGGUUGAAGAUUCAUUUGUCGACGGUGAGAACCCGGUGGAAGAAAGGACUAGGCAACAUCUUGUAGAGGUGAGAUUCUUAACUUCAUCAAUAUUUCCUUUCACUGAGGACACAGUCUGUUCAUUUAAAGCUUCCAGAUCAUAUUCCUUUACUUAG